GCAGCGGGAUGCUGCAGUGGUUUCGCCACACCCACCUUUUCGAUCAUCCAGGAAUUGCAGGCCUGGACAUCUUGUGGGACGUUACCGAUGCGGACAUAGUCUUCAAGGAGGACCCUCUCCGCAAUCUCCAUACCAAGAGGGCUCAAGCGGGCUGCAGGCGCAUCGAAGACGUGAGCGCACGCUCAGGCCUCCGCGCUUCGCAGGAUGCUUUCUUGGGCGACCUCACGGAGCUUUUCGUGCAGCUGAGCCAGGCCACACUGGCGGAAGGCGUCCAUGGCGCCGCGAGCGCCUGCACUGUUUGGAAGAGGACUUUCAUGAGCGAGCCCCUCUUUCGCCAGUACAUCCAGUUCUUGGAGGAUGCUGUCGGUGGAGCUACAGAGGCCGCCCUGCGAUUCGAUGCCCUGUCGGUGCGGAAUUUCGGCAUCGAGUUGCUGCAUCGACAG